AUGAUGAAAGCUGGUGUAAACCAGCGAAAACUUUUUCCCCAGAAAAUGUAUCGGUUUAUUAUGUUACAGUGUCUGUUCGUGGUGAUUUUUAAGUAUGUAGAAACUUAUGGGCAUCAGUAUUCUUCAGAAAUAUGUUUUUCGGUGCUCACUGUUACGUCAAAGUCGACAACCGCGUCACCUUUAGAGUGUGCAAUACUUUGUGAUAUCGAGAACCGGGAAGCUUUUACCUUUAACAGUAAAACUGGCGAGUGUCGGGUGGUUAUUGAAGACAUUGAUGCAAGGCCAUCCUGUAAAACUUCAAGUGUUGUACAGCAUUACAAACUACACGAUAUUUGUCAAUCUUUGCCGGUCCUGCAAGGCUAUUCCUUAGAAUAUCCGUAUUACGGAAGCAGUAUUCGGGCGAGAUACCAUUGCGAGGAAAUUGCAGGUCAACAAGUGGUUAGCAGCUGUCCAAUCGUUCUGUGUAAUGAUCCACAAAGUUUAACAACAACGCCUGCGUCUUGUUCAGUGAAAGAUGUUUUCAAUACUAGUCUGUAUGAUUACGAGGGCGGUGUUUCCUGUACCGUACGGGGCGUGCCAUGUCAGAGGUGGGAUAGCGACACACCUCAUGUACCUAAUUUCUACCGCGGUCGGAGUGAUCUCGGAAAUAGAUGUAAAAUGUACAGCGAGCAGCGCCCCUGGUGUUAUACAACUGAUCCGAAAAUGAGAUGGGACUACUGUCCAGUGGAAGACCUGGACUGUGGAAACCCGCCAACCAUAUUAACACCACCUAACAUGACAGGUGUUAGAAUCAACACAGAAAGGCCAUAUCGAGGCUCAACCGCAUUUGCAUGGUAUCGAUGUGCAUCCUUGGUAACUGCAGACCCCGUGUCUCAUUGUCCCCUGACACGCUGCGACGGAGACCUUACAUGGUCGCAAGCAAAUAUUUCCUGUUCUUUGAGUGAUUGCUAUGACAUCACAAAUCAGAUCUACAAGGGUCGAGUCACGUGUACGCAGACUGGCAUAACAUGUCAGCGAUGGGACAGUCAAACCCCACACCACCAUUCGAUACUGAAAGGUCGCAGUGACCUUGAGAACUGGUGUCAGUUGGUUGAUGGAGAGGCGAGGCCCUGGUGUUAUACUGUUUCACCAAAUAGAAGAUGGGAAUACUGCACUGUGGAAGAAUGUCCGUAA